AAGCAGUCAUGAGUGGAAGAGGCAAAGGCGGCAAAGGGCUCGGCAAAGGCGGCGCUAAGCGCCACCGUAAAGUUCUCCGUGAUAACAUCCAGGGCAUCACCAAACCCGCCAUCCGCCGUUUGGCUCGUCGCGGCGGCGUGAAGCGUAUCUCCGGUCUGAUCUACGAGGAGACCCGCGGCGUGCUCAAGGUGUUCCUGGAGAACGUGAUCCGUGACGCCGUCACGUACACCGAGCACGCCAAGAGGAAGACUGUGACCGCCAUGGAUGUGGUCUACGCUCUGAAGAGGCAGGGCCGCACCCUGUACGGUUUCGGAGGUUAAAUCGGUUCAGCCCGAGACAAACACAACGGCUCUUUUAAGAGCCACCAA